CUGCGGCCGCAUGACGAUAGAUUUCUCCUGGUGGAUUUCAACAAUAUUCGGAAUAAUUACUCUACGCUAACAGAUUUUACACUUAGAAACAAAUAACCGAGAUAUCUACGAUGGCGGAUGCAAGUCUUGACGAUUUCUUCGCGAAAAAAGACAAGAGAACGAAGAAGUCAAAGGGGAAAUUAACGCCGACAGAACUGCUCGUCAAACAGGAAUCGGAGCAGCAGAAAAGUCAGAAGAAGAAAAAAGAUAAGGACAAAUCUCAAAACAGACAAACACAGUCUUCUUCAACGACUGGAACAUCCACAGCAGUAGCACAGGAAGACCAAGAGUGGAAAGAAUUUGAAGAAGAGACAGAAAAAGAUUACACAGGUUUAAGAAUACAGAAUCUUCAAAUAAGCAAAGAAGAGGAAGACGAGGAGAGUGAUAAAAGAGAUAGCGAUGAUGAUGGGGAAAGGGAGGAAGGCAAAGACCGCCGUGAUGGUAAGGAAGGUCCUGGAAGGUGUCGGUCGCUGCUGCUGAACCUACGCCACAACCCCCUCCUCCUGAACCAGAGCCUGCUCCCAAGGUUGAAGAACCCAAAGCAGCGGGUAAAUAUGUCCCCCCAUCAGCCUAGGUACGCUGCCACUGCCAGCGCGACAGCCCCCACUCUCACAGAUGAGGAGGAAGAAAGGGGCGCCCAACCUGAAAAGCGAGGAGGAUUUCCCCACACUGGGAGGUGUUGGGGGAGGAGUAGGUGGAGGUGGAGGAGGAUUGUUCCGCUGGGGGGAUAGUGAUCAGGGAGAACGUCAUUUUGAACAGGUACGUGGAGGAAAACAAACAAAUGGAUGAACAGUCAAGUAAAAACAUGUCUCUAACAUUAGGAAAUAAAUUUCAGGCAUUGAAACAGGAGUGAUGAUCCAAGGUGUAUGUGACUAUAGACUUCAUGAAUUAUGGAAAUGUUCAUUUUGCUGACAAAAUCCAGGCUGGUUGGAACCAUGUGAUGGCCUGUUCACACCUUUCUGGUUUGUCUUCACAAGAUUUUUGUGAACUCCGAUACGUCCAUGGCUGGUGGAACUGGAGUUAAGUGAUGUUGACAUGUAUUCACGGAGUAAUUCAUGGCUGAGGUUUACUGGAUAUGGUUACCAGCCUCUAUGUCUUCAUAGAGAGAGACAUAAUUGCCAAGUGCUAUCAUCUGACAUCAUUGGACUGUGCUGAGAUAGAGUGUUUAUCAAGGGUUCAAGGGUGGGGUGGUUCAGAGCAUAUGACAUCAUUGGACUCUGCUGAGAUACAGUGCUGAAACAGGGUUCAGGGGAUGGGGGAUUAGAACAUCUGAUGUCACAGAAUUGUGCUGGGAUGCGGUAAUGACAAAAGGUUCAGGGGUGGGUGGAUUAGAACGUAUGGAUUUCUUGUAAUGUGAUGUAUUGACAUUAUCUCACGUGGGGAAAUCAAUGAAUGGGCAUAUAAAAGGACAGAGUAGUGGGGAGAAACUGAUUAGGGUUUGAAUCUAAGCAUGUUUCAUGGGUUCUUCGACAUUCAGAAUGUUGUGAAGGGAAAGUGGGGAAAUGGAGAGGAGUGAUCACUGAAUAUAAUGGCUUUCUUUGUGUGCCUUGUGUUGUACGGAGGCCAAGAAAUUGUGCUAUUUCAAAAGUACUAUUUAAAUGUCCUACAUAUAUGAUAAGCUGUGUAUACUGUCUUCAAACCUCAUCCAUUUGUUGUCAUCCCAGGAAUAUGUAUAAUUUAAUUGUUGAAGUUGUUAUGACUUUACAAAGUUUACCGUUAUUUCUGUUACCCUGAUAAGUUAUGGACAAAAUGUGAUCCACACUGACAAUUGAAAACCUACCUUCUCAAGAAGUAGACAUUUUAUCUCAUUUUCAGUCUAUUUUAUACGUUCUGUGAUCCUAAUGUCCUGUUAUUGAAUAGUCGUAGUGGGAGAACCUGUGUGGGUAUAAUUAUCCUGGUAAGGAAUUUUAAUGAAGUUUAUAGUGCUGAAGUCGAAUAUGAAUAUAUCUUUCCUGUUUCACAAGCUUAAGUGUAUUGCAUGUGUUUUCAAGACUACUCAGAAGUUACAGUUUUGAAUUGCUGUGAAAGAGAGGCGAAGAACAUUGACAGUGGGAGUCGAGUUUACAAAAGGGACAUAACUCUGUAGAGCGUAUGUUACUAACAAACUUGCCUUGCCUUGACUGCCUAAAGUCUUCUUGUCAUUUGUCAGGAAUAUAUUAGGAGUGUCAGUAGAUAGCAUGCGAUUACCAUUUCGUUAUGUCUUACUGCUGCUAUUCAUACCAUUUCUGUAUAAUUAAUUAUGAACUCAGCAAUGCAUCUAUUUUUGUGAUGAAAUGUGAAUUUUAUAUCAAUUACCUAAUUUUUGUAAUGAUAUCAAUUUUGGUAUGACUGGGAAAGCCAUUUUUGUGUGUUAUGAAAGUAUUGACUUUGUUAAAGAUCGCCAUUAUAAAAACAAAUACAAUGUAAAAGCAGUCCCAACCAUUGCAUGGACUGCGGAGGUGUCACACAUUUAGACAGGAGUCUGUAAUUGUGCUAAAUCGUUCUAUCUACAAAGAUACAACAAAGAGAUUAAGUUGCCACAUUUGACUCACAGUUAUACUCACAAAUCUCAAUGAAGUACGUUGUAAUUACAUUGGAGUUUUUGCACAAACGGUUGGGCAGCAAAUGUAUGUCAAGAAAAUUGCCAGUAUACAAGUCUUAAGGCAAUGAAGUCAUUUUAUGAUCGAUUGAAUAGCAUGUGGAUCAUGUACAAACGUCAUAAUA